AUGCAAAAUAACGACAUAGACUUUGAUGCGCUUUAUGCUAGGCGAUUGCAGUUACAAUAUGAUCAAGAAUCAUUUCUAACAAAUGCAAGAUAUUUCGAAUAUGAAAACGAUGAAGAUGAAAAUGAUGAAUCAUUUGAAGAAAUGAUAAAUGAAAGCACUUCCUACGUGACAACACCAAUCACUAAUAAUAGACAAGAUGUGCAACAAAAGCGAGAAAAUAUAGACAAUGAUUAUGCUAUUGCUGUACAAUUGCAACAAGUAUUGAAUGAAGAAGCAUUAAAUGAAAAUAUGGAUGAUGACAAUCCUCGUAUGAAUGCAUUUGGGUGUUCCAGGGGAAAUUUCGAACGUCGUGUAAAUGAAGCUACAGACUCACAUCGAUCACAUUAUAGCGAAGAUUUGAAUGAUGAAAGUGAUGAUGAGCUGAAUAAAGUAACACUAAAGGUCUCUUCAAUUGAGAUUACUUCAAAUGAUCUUAGGACAGUCAUUAAUCAAUUCAAAAAUAAGUUAUUUCAAAAAUAUCCGCAUGCGAAUAGAAAAGUCAUUAGACUAUCUUCAAGAAAUCAAUUACUUAUGUUUUCAGAAUUCAUCGAAGCUAUUAAACUAUUUAAAGAAGUUGAUUUUAUACAACGACCGAGAAUUGAAUUUAAAAAUGAGCCUGUUGUUGAUGGCGGUGGUGCAUUUAAUGAUACUAUUCGACAAAUCCUAGACACGUUCAUGUCAUUAGAGAAUCCUGAAUAUGGUGGUAACGGCCGUUUAUUUACCGGUGAUAAUUCUAAAUUAAUCAGUUCAACCGCUCCAAUAAGUGUUUUAGAUGAACUUAAUAUAUUUGGAGAUAUUCUAUUUUUGGCAAUCAUUCAUGAAGCGCCAUUUCCUGUAGAUUUAGAUAUUAUCUUGUUCAAAUAUUAUUUAGACCUUGAAAAUACUAUUACCAUAAAGGAUGUUGAAAGAUUUAAUCCCGUAAUGUCUAACCUUGCCAGGAAUGUCUUAAAUGCUGAUCCAGACGUUGAUCUGUCUACUAUUGAUGGCUUUGAUCAAUGGGCUGAAGAUAAAGAAAUAUCUGUUAUUAAGGAAAAACAAAUCAGCAUUGAACAAAUAAAAGAUUAUUUUUAUCAGGAAUCCAUAACAUAUGAGGACGUUGUUCGAAAGUUAGUUUUUACUCCAUCCCAUUUAAAUAGGCGUCAAAACAUGGUCAAGAAUUGGUUAACUGAAUGGUUACGAGCACAAAGAAAGGAAGAAUUACAAGAAUUUUGCAGAUUGGUUACUGGUUUUAGUAAUCCACGAGAAGAAAUAACGGUGGCUUUUAAACCGUAUAUUGCUCGGGAGAACAGAGAAGCUACACUUACACCUAGAUUUCAAACUUGUUUCUCUGAAAUUAAGAUCUCUGAACAUUUUAAUUCAAAACAUGAAUUUUUUGCUAUUAUGAAUGCUCAAGUUAACAAGAGCUUUCAUGAUGAUAGAUUUACC